AGAAACAAUGUUUUUCAGACUGCAUAUAAAGAUACAGUUCAAUGCAAGUUAUCGCAGCCUCGUGGCUACGGGUACAUGGCCAAGCCCAAAACUGGUUCUGAAAGGUUUCGGAUGCAGAUUGAGGACCAAGCUCGUGUUGCAGCUGAAACCCUGCAGCGAAACUCCGAGCUCAGCCAGCAUGUUAGCGAAUUAGAAGAACAAUUAGAAGUUGAGCGUGCAAACAUGCAGCAGAGUAUUGACUUCGAGCGCUCUGAGAGAGAGCAACUUGAGGUGAGGUUGCAAGAAGAGCGUGAUGCAAGAGAAAAAAUGGUGGAAGAGGAGCGAAGAUCAAGGCUCGAAUUUGAAAAAAAUAUGAUGGCAAAGUUCCAACAACAGAUGGCUAAAUUUAGCCAACAGAUGGGAAACCAACAGGUGCUUAAGAAGAGGAAUGAAAAAGAAAAUAUUAAUUCAAAUUUGCAAACCACUCUUUUAAAGAGCUCUAGUCCUAACAGAAAUCUAGGACCAAAGUCAAAUUUGAUUUCUACAAAUUCACUCCUACAAGCUGCAACAUUGAAUUCUCGAAUGUACAAAGCAAUGGACUCAAAGACUUAGCUGGACAGAUUUGCAUGGUAGCAAUGGACUCAACUCGACUCAACUCUGCUGGAUUGCUACAUUUUACAUUAGUUGCAUUUGAUGGAUAUUUGAUAUGAGAAUUAUGAUUUGUAUGAACCUAUAUAUUAUACGCGUGGAUUUGAAUUUUGUAAUUCAAUGGUUGUAUUUUUUUUAUGGUUGCGAUAAGCUAUUGCCACAACUCACUUUUUGUUGCCUUAGGUUAGCACCACGAAAAAUAUAGUGUUGCGUCAAAUCCUAGUCGCCAUG